GAUUUCCCUUGUAUUUCUCUACUCUGUUUAUUCCAGGCAUCAGUGGUAUCAGAGCCCACUCCUUCCUCGGCAAUGGUAGAGAUUUAUUCUCAAUCAUUUGAAGACGAUAUGCGUGCAUGGAUGAGGAAAAUAUUGGCGAGGCAAGAUGCUUUACUAGCAACUCAAUGUCCUUUCCUUGCUAACCCAGAAGAAGAAAUGGUGCUGGCGACGAUAAAAGAGCAAGAGAAAUCUAUCGAUGUUGUCAACACGCAACCUGAGAUCCAUGGGAUAGAGAAGCAAUGAACCCCUUUGAUGAUCUCUACGGUUGCUAAAGUUGAGACCACAAUUAAGCCCAUGAAAAUGGUUCAGUAUCAGUCACCAAUUUCUACUCAUGAACCUGAGUUGGGUGUCCUUCACUGCAACGGGUCUGUGGCUGGAUGGAUGGGUUUCAAGGGUAAGUUAUGUUCAGCACCAGAUGCAUGCCAUCUGUUCGGUGAAAUUCUGCAAAGAGGUUUUGGCAGUCCCGAGUUCAUCCCCGAGCAGUCUGUGGUUCCAGUUUUUGGUGUUGCUGAAUUGGUUAACAUUAGAUUAGUUACAAUGCGGCAGAAAAGAAAGAUGGAUGAAUAUCAAGAAUCAUUGGCUUUGUUGUUUCCAAACCCAAGUAUCUCUGAUGAACAACCUUUAAUUUUUGACGGUUUAAGAGGAUAUUUUGGAAUGGUUGUGCCACAAAUUUUGUUUAAUGAGAAUACAUUGGCCAAACUACCAGAGUCCUCUAACCAAUUAAUGAAUUUAUCUAUUACUUUGCAAGAAGAAAUAUGUUUUGGGUUGAGGAGCUCUACUGCUAUUGGUGUUGGGUUCGUAUCUACGCAUUGUGAUGGUUACCCACUUGAUCAAGCUCAUGGCAAUAUGACCAAUGGUUGUGAUAGAUAUUCUACUUUUUGUUCUUCUAAUUUGAGACCUAUUGUUAAGGAUUGGCUUGAAGGGUGCAGGCGUGCGAUAGAAGCACCAUUCCCUAAAAACUUAAGAUGUUUGACUAGCAUGCACGUGAAUGGAUUGAAAAUCUUCUUUGGUUUUGUCAACAUGGUUGGGAAUUUCAUCAGUGAAGGGAUUUUUCCAACUCUGUGCUACCUAUACAAUCAUCCCUUCAUUGCUAUUGGUUAUUUGUUGCUCGAUGUCAAAUUUCUUCUAAGAAAUUGUUCUAUUAUCUACAAUCUGAGGAGACUCAUGGAAGCUGAACAUGUUAAAAUUGAUGGGUUACUUGACCAUCUAAGCUAUCUUCUAAAAUGUCCCACACCAAAUACUUUCAAUUCAUAUUUUGGCGGACUUAAUGGCCUUAAUGUAGCAACUUAUAGCAAGGGAGACGCUAUGAAAGUACCUUUUACAGAAGCUGAAUUUGGCAAGCCUCCUAAACUUGGCAAUUUCAUGGGGUGCUCUAUUAUGUGUGAGAGCUUCUUUUGGUGGUUGGAUGGAAAGCCAUUUCACACAUAUGUUGUAUUUUUACCAUGGAUGUACGAUAUAGUGUUGAGAAUUUCUUGGUUCAAAAAUGCUGACAAUAUUUUCUAUAGCUUCAAAAUUUUGAGCAAGGGAACAUCUCUAGAAAGACAGGAAUUUAUGCUUGAAAAUUGUCCUGUUUUGAUUUUGCAAGUGCUUUGCUCCAAAGUAGUGACUCCAUUUUUUACUGGUUCUAUUGGAAUUGUUUGUUGCUGUGAAGUUCAACUUGUCCAUUUUGCGUUGUGGCAGAAUUUUAGGGACACUUUUGGCCCAAUUCAAAGCUCAAACGAGAAGAAGCUUCAUUUGCACACUUUACUGUUGGCUAUGAUAAUUGUUGUGCGCUCCUUCAUUUCCUUACCAAUGCUGGUAUCUACUUUGCAUAGAAAGAUGGUGGACGGAGGCUGGGAAGCAUUUAUUCAGCAAUUGGUGCAAUGGUUCAAUUCACCCUUGAGACUCCAACAUGGGUGUUCUAAUGUUCUUUUAAGAGGCGUUUGCAUGCUUCAUCGUUUCCGAUGGUGGGUGGAAGGCAAGCCCUACACUCUUGUUCAAUUUGCAUUUCUAAGAGACACCUUGAGAAUUACGUGUAGUCUUGGACAUGGUGAUGGGAAAGAAGAAGACAACACAACUGCCAAGCAUUGGUUCAAGGUCUCUGUUGAAAGCUGUUGUUGGAAGGUUUUUCAUCCUUGAGGACAAGGAUGCUUGAGGAGGGGAGGUAUUGAUAUAUGGUAAAUAACAUACGUGACAGGUGGCAAGCACUUGAUGAGCUGGAAGACAUGUAGGAGCCACAUAGGAUUAGUAUUAUAUUUUAUAUAUUGUUGUUUUUCUUGUUGUUUUAUUUAACUUAGUGUUGCCGUUUUGGUACGAGUUAGGGCUAGAGCGCAGAUGGUAUUUAGAGGCUGCUUCUUGUCAUUUGCAGCUUGUCUAUGAAAUUGGUUAUCACUUCUUAUCUGUUUCUUUGUGAUUUCCCUAAACUUCUCUGUAAUACAGAUAUCCACUUGAG